AUGAUAUGUAUUCAACUUUGUUUCUUUGUUCAAUCGACGGCACUUUAUACAUAUGAUAUAAUUAUUCAUCAAAUAUUACCAAAUUUAUUAAUAGUUAUAUUCAGUAUUGCUUUAUUAUUACGUGUUUGCCGACAAAAAUAUCGUGUUGGACAAUCAUUACAAUGGCGAAAACAUUGGAAAAUGACUAUUCAACUAUUAUUUGUUGCAUUCAUUUAUCUUAUAUUUUCAUUUCCAAUAACUCUAAUGAAUUUCUUACAUCUUUGCGGUGUAUCACGUCAAUCAACAAGUACUCUUCUCGAAUAUUUACUAGUUCUCAAUUAUUGUAUGAUACUUCUUUGUCCAUUUGCAUGUGCAUCAGCAUUACCUCAAUUGAAAAAUAAGAUCAAAAAUAUCUUACAAAUACGACAACAAGCAAGAGUUGUUGCACCAAUGACACGACAUAUAAGAAAUACAAUACUUAAUCAAACAUUUGCAUGA